AUUUUCUUCAUUCUAUUUUAACCUAUGGUAACAUACCACAACUCAAAAUUUUAAAAUUUUAGGUCUCCGAAAUUUGUAAAUUUUAUACCCCGAUUAGCUAGUUUUAUACACCCCAAAAUGCGGAUGCUUUGCGACAGACUUUCCGCCCUGACGGCUGGAGCCAUGGUCGGCGUUUGGUACGCCCAAAACUUCCCCUGUGAAAAUCCCAAGGAUGGAGGCGACCAGGAUAAGGGCAAGGACAAGGCCAAAGGCAAAGACAAGGGAAAAGAGAAGGAAAAGGGGAAGGAUGGUGGCCAGGACAAGGGCAAGGAAAAAGUUAAUCGUUCUAGUUGACAUGAGCAAAACUCCAACGUCGAAGAUGCAAUUGGCAAGAAAAGGCAAAGUUUGAAGUAAAUGACCAUUUGAACGGUACGACAGUUUCUCUGAUAAUGCUUCCGAAAGAGCCCUGUUUAUAUGGUUAUAUUAAGAUUUGCUCCGAAGCAUUUAAAUAAAUAUACGGAAAGGCGUAUUGUAUCAUCUUCAA